AUGGUUCAAUGUUGGGUUCCGCUGUGUUCUCACAUUUCCAACCGAGAAACCUGCAAGUUUUUUAGAUUUCCAGCUAAUUAUGUUGAAUGUAAAGUCUGGGCUAAAUCAGUGAGAAGAGCAGAUACAUAUCCCACAAAAAAUAACAAAAUAUGUAGUUGCCAUUUUAAAGAUGGUUUAAGAGAAAAUGGACCUACUCAAUUUGAAUGGAAUAAAAACUCAUCCUUUUCAUUUACAUCUCCUGAAAAAUAUACCAAGCGUAAGAAGGUAGACAGUGCAUCAUGUUCACAGGAAAACGAAAGUUCAAUUAUUAUUGAAAAUAGUACAACAACUGAAACUUAUGUUUUAACACCUACAAAUAGUAAAAGUGAUGAAGUUGAAAAGUAUUUUCUUCAUAAAAUUAAUGAUGCACGAAAGCUUGAUGAUGCUGUUUGA